AUGGAACCACUUAAUGUCCUAACUUGGACAUUCUAUGAUUAUCCUCAGUGCAAUUGGAAUGCCAAGAAACAGUGUUACUUUCUCUCGUCGACGGCUGUGUACAAGUGCCUCCGCACCAGCACCCGCCAUGUCAUUCUGACGGAUCCCGAGCGGCAGAUGAAAACGGAGGAUGUGCUGAAAGUGCUGGACAUGAUCCAUUACCUAGCGCAGCAGCGAGCAGGGGUACACCUGACGACACUGCAUCUAGUCGGCUUGCAGCUGAACUUCCUGAUUACCAGCUCAACCGACGAUUUUAACCCAGUAGCCUGCGUCCUGCAUAACAGUGACGCUGGGCGUCAGCACACCUAUUGUCCGAUCCGUGGAUACUGUCGUCUGGAGGACUUCAUAUGGAUAGGCCGCGGUCUGCCUUGUAAAACACUCCACUUGGUAGAUUGUAGAAUCAAAUGGCUCUGUCCCUUCGACACGCCCGACAGACGGAGACGGGGCCCCGUUCUGACAAUGGAGUUACCGGUGGUACGCUUGAUGAUAAAUGAGGAUUUCGGAUGCUCAGUGUGGACGGCAUGUGAGACGGCGUUGGCGGUGCCGUCUGAUGCAGAGCUACACGAGCUGGGCCGGUGGGUCACUGCUGUGUUCGGUUUGCGUGACGAUGACCUGCGCCCAGUUGCCGUCUGCAAGACGUUGUGUGCCACACACUCCAGUGAUCCGCGUCCCUCUGCAUAUUACCGGGGGAGAAAGUGGUGCGUCGACGGCCUGGGAGAUGUACAAUUGGCGAAACUGUCGCGUAUUACCAUGUAUUUCCUCAAGCAGCUAGCACUGCCUACCGGGAAAGGCUGGAAAUUUGCGUGACAGUCGGUAUCCUGAGCAAUGCAUUAAGUGGCAGUCUUUUGAAAUGAUUUUAUAUCAUUUGGUAUCAUUUAUGAGUGUGUUUUCCGGUUGGAUCAGUGUAUUUCGCUGUAUUCACUUCUUCCUUUGUAGUGU